AUGGUGAUCCAUCACACCGACUGUGGCUGUCUCCGGUAUACAAAUGGCAGCAUGCGCCAGGAGAUCAUUGCUCGCAUCGGACCCGAAAAUGCGGGCGUAAUCAACAAGAUGGACUUUGGACCAAUUUCAGAUGUCGAACAAAGCACAAAGGACGACAUUGCGUGGCUGAAACAAUCACCACUCGUGCGAAAGGAGCUCGCGGACAAAGCACAAGGAUAUGUAUAUGAUGUAGUGACGGGCGAAUUACGUCGUGUAGCAUGA